AUGCCGCGGACCUUACCAUGGCAAACGAACACGAAAUCCCGAAAAAGCACGACGCCUGUGCCUCCCUCCCAUGCACAGUCUCGAGCUUCCACGGACUUCGCGAACCAUUCUGUCAAACGCGACAGAAUAUCGUACCGACGCUCCCGAACUCCGUCUACAUCCCCGGCUCGUGAACCUCCUCCGGAAGAGUAUAUGCGUGAAGGUCUACAUAAUGACGAUAUGUACAUGAUGGUCGAGGAUGAAUUCCUAGCUACCGCCCAAACCUACACCCGCCACCUUCAUUUCGCAGAGUAUGCACGCCGUAAGAAACAGGCGAAGCUCGCUAACCAGUCGAAGCUUUCAAGCAUAACCCGACCUACAAAUACGAAGAUAGGGCUAAAUACCGGAACAAAGAGGAGACUGCAAGUCCAGGAUGCUGCAGCAAGGCAUAAGGCAGCUUUAGAUGAUUUGUCACGGGCCGCUGGCCGACCCCCUGUUGAUUCGGAGGUAGAGGAUAUUGAUGAGAGCGGCGAGGAUAGAGAUGAUGAUCCCUGGGUUGGGACACAGCUCCAUCCAUUAAUGGCCAUACAGAGACAGCCCAAGUCACUGAUGGGACUACACGCCAUCAAGUCGUCUUCAAAAGCCGCGUUGGGCCGCUCCACGUCUUUCGGAAGAAAAAAUAACUCCUCGACGGCGAAACCGGCUGCAUGCAGCUCAAACAAUAAGCAACAAGCAGCUGGUCGUAUCAAACGUGAGGACUCGCUUGCUAUAGGCUUCGGGGCAACACGCCUUCCUUCCGUCUCUAUACAGGCUUCAGCAGCCAUGAAACCGCCCACCAAGAACUCUUCGCGUCUACCUGCCGUCCCAACAAAUCUUACUGAAAAUUCCCUUCCUCAAGUGGCGGAAACACGAAAAGAUUCUGCCUACCAUAGGGCCAAAGCCGGUUCCUCCACUUGCAACACAAUACCAAAAUCUGCCCCUGCGACUUCGAAAGGCAGUGCAAAGUCCCAAAUUCCAGCCAAGAGAUCCAAACUUAGCCUCUUCUUUGAUGACCUUGACGAUUUAGACACCGAAAUCAAAGUUGAGGGCGGUAUUGACGAGCCCAUGCCUAAGAAGCGGCCAGCACCAAGAGCUCCAGUUGAGCACCGUAAACUCCAAGACGAACAGCGUAAGAAGCAACGUCUUAGCGAAGUGCCAACCUUUCUAUGA